CCAGCUGUUACUGCUGGAUCCACUCCUCCGCCCCGCGAGGAUGCGGUGUUGUGACACUCGGUAGCCACAGAGCUCCGGUAGGAAAGGAGAGAAGAGGUUAUGGUCCAAAUAGCAUUCUCUCUGUUGGGAGAAGGUGAAGCAAAGAGGUGGAGAGACGUCACUGAAGCAAAAGGCUACCUUGUGCAGGAGAAGAAUUAGCUAGGAUUGCAAGCCCAGAUUUCCCUCGGCCAGCAUGUUACGUUCGGUGGCUCUGCUUCUCCUCUUCGUGGUCUUCCGGCUGUUCCUGGAGCUGCCAUGGAUCCAGGUGAUCCCAGCCCUCUUAAUAUUCUACUUGGGAUCCGGAGGAUGGACUUUCCUUCGCAUCGUCAUCAAGACGGCCAGACGGGAUGUUUCGACUGGAUAUGUUGUCCUCAUGACUCGGUUGAAGGUUUGGUGGUACGUGAAGCACAAGUACACAAUCCCAAAGCUCUUCCAGCAGACGGCACGCAAGCAUCCAGGAAAAGCAGCCCUGAUUUUCCAGGGGACAGGCGAGACAUGGACCUUCCAAGACCUAGAUAACUACUCCAACCAGGUGGCCAACUUCCUGCAUGAAAGAGGCUUCCGCUCUGGGGAUGUCAUCGCCCUGUUCAUGGAAUCCCGCAACCAGUAUGUUGGUCUCUGGCUCGGCAUGGCCAAGAUCGGUGUGGAGGCUGCCCUCCUCAACUCCCAUGUGCGGCAGGAGUCGCUCCUUCACUGCAUCAACAUCUCGCACUCAAAGGCCGUCGUGUUUGGAAGCGAGUUGGCUGAUGCCUUGCGGGAAGUGCAGCCGUCCCUUGGGAAUUCCACCCACCUCUUCUGUUCUGGCGACUGGAAAGCGGAAAGCAUGCUGCCAGGCUCAGAACAUCUGGACCCUUUGAUUGAAAAAGCAUCUCGCCAUUCACCAAGUCCCCCAGACAAGGGAUUCCUAGAUAGAUUGUUCUACAUCUACACUUCAGGCACAACUGGGCUGCCCAAAGCUGCAAUCAUUGUCCACUGCAGGUAUUUCCGGAUGGCAGCCCUGGUGUUCAACGGCUUCCGCAUGCGACAGGACGAUGUGGUCUAUGACUGCCUCCCCUUAUAUCACGCAGCAGGUAACAUUGUUGGGGUUGGCCAAUGCCUCCUGCAUGGGAUGACGGUCGUGAUCAGGAAGAAAUUCUCAGCUUCUAACUUCUGGGAAGACUGUGUGAAAUACAACUGUACGAUCGUACAGUAUAUUGGGGAGAUAUGUCGGUACCUGUUGAACCAGCCAUCUCAAGAGGUGGAGAGGAAGCAUCGGGUCCGGAUGGCUUUGGGCAAUGGCCUGAGGGCUUCCAUCUGGAAGGAGUUCACUGAGCGCUUCGGCAUCCCCCAGAUAGCCGAGUUUUACGGAGCCACCGAGUGCAACUGCAGUGUGGGCAACUUUGACAACAAGCUGGGGGCUUGUGGCUUCAAUAGCAGGAUCCUUCCCAACAUUUACCCCAUCAACCUAGUCCGAGUGAAUGAGGAAACUAUGGAGCUCAUCCGGGGACCUGACGGGCUCUGUAUACGGUGCAAACCAGGAGAGCCAGGCCAGCUGGUUGGGCGCAUUAUCCAGAGCGAUCCUUUGCAGCGCUUUGACGGCUACUUGAACAAUGAGGCCAACAAUAAGAAGGUUGCCCGUGAUGUCUUCACCAAAGGCGACUGUGCCUAUCUCACAGGUGAUGUGCUGAUCAUGGACGAGUUGGGCUACAUGUUCUUCCGAGACCGCACAGGAGACACUUUCCGCUGGAAGGGCGAGAACGUCUCCACGACGGAGGUGGAGGGGAUGCUCAGUCGCAUCCUGAACAUGACAGAUGUCGUGGUCUACGGGGUGGAAGUUCCAGGAGCUGAAGGGAAGGCUGGGAUGGCAGCAGUUGUGGAUCCAGACCACUCCUGUGACUUGGAGAGCUUCGCAGAGGAAAUGAAGAAGGCGCUGCCUGCUUACGCCCGUCCUGUUUUCCUGCGUCUGCUUUUGGAAGUGCACAAGACAAGUACCUUCAAGUUCCAGAAAAUGGACCUGCGUAAGGAGGGAUAUGAUCCCAAUGUGGUGAAGGACAAGCUUUAUUUCCUGGAGCCCCGGCAGUGCCGCUACCUCCCGUUGAACGAGGACAUCUUUGAGAGAAUCCAGUCUGGACAAAUGAAGCUGUGAAACAGCCCCGGAUCGUCUCCGUGACUUCUGUCCCUCUGUCUAGGGUAGGGUGGUGGGACUGGAGUUUGCAUAGGAAAGGAAAAGCCAGUGAUGGUUAGAGAUUUAACAAAAGGGGGGAGGCACAGCGAGUUGGCUUUUGGUUUCGUUUAUGAUUUGAUCAGUUUUUGUAGAAGACGAUGGCCAGUGGCAGCCUUCCCCAACCUGGUGCCCUCCAGGAGUUUUGGACUAUAACUCCCAUUGUGAGGGAAGCUUGCCAUAUGGUUUGCAGGGGGGGGGCAGCUGGGGUGGGGUGCAGGUUGAUGCAUACCAAAGCAUAGAAGCACUAUGGCUUUAUUUUCUACUUGGUUGGAACAGUGGCCAUGCUGUUUCCUGUUCCUCUGGGAUGAGCAUGCUAGGUCAGUGUGUCAGUUUCAAAGGCUCUGCCCUCCGGUUUCCCACGCCCCAUCCACCGCUCGACAUUUAAAACAAUAUCACACCAUUUUGAAAAGCCAUGGCUCCC